AUGCGCGACAACGUGACAAGAAAAGCAGAGCGAAUCGAGACCGCACCGCGCGACAUGUCCGCGGCAACGACAGCAUCGGGUACCGAACCGCUCACCGCCACGCCCAUCGAGGUCGAGGACGACGACGACGACGACGUCGGGCCCAUGUUCAACGACGACGGCAGCGCGGUGGACCCCGACGAGUUCAGGCGGUGGCUCAUGAGCAACCCCGAGAAGAUGAAGGAGCUCGAGAAGGAGGAACACAAAGACGUCGCGCAACUGCUGCUCGGCGGGGACAACGCGAAGACCCAGGACUGCCUCUGCAAGAUGUUCGCGCUGCAGAUGAAGCACGCGGAGGAGGACGAGCAGAGCAAGAUGAGCUCCCCGGACUUGCUCCGAACCGAGUGCACCGUCCCCCGGGACCCCGUGGUGCUCUACCAGCAGAUGCUCAAAGUCGGGCUGCAGUACGGACCCGCGUUCAGGCUCCUGUCGCAGGUGUGGAUCCCCCAGGCCACCGCGGACGAGCAGCGCAAGGCCGCACUCGGCAACGUCAGCGACGACGACGACGACAGCGACAGCGACGAGAGCGAGGACGAGACCGUCGCGUGA